CCCUACUUGUUUCCCGCCACUUUCUCUCUUCUUCUUACUGUCUCUCAUUUCCUCUUUCACUCAGACAAGCAAAAACAAGGAAAAAUCUGAAAGAUGUUGUGGGUAGAUAAGUACAGACCCAAAACCCUUGACCAAGUUAUGGUUCAUCAAGACAUUGCCCAAAAUCUCAAAAAAUUGGUUACAGAGCAAGAUUGCCCACAUUUACUCUUCUAUGGGCCAUCUGGGUCUGGCAAGAAAACCCUAAUUAUGGCUCUUCUUAGACAGAUCUUUGGUCCCAGUGUUGAAAAGGUGAAAGUGGAGAAUAGGAAUUGGAAAAUUGAUAGUGGAAGCAGAACCAUUGAUCUGGAGUUGACCACAUUAUCAAGCACCAACCAUGUGGAGUUGAGUCCAAGUGAUGUAGGCUUUCGGGACAGAUAUGUAGUUCAGGAGAUAAUUAAAGAAAUGGCUAAGAAUAGACCAAUUGACACCAAAGGGAGAAAAGGAUAUAAAGUGUUAGUACUCAAUGAAGUUGACAAGCUUUCAAGAGAAGCCCAACAUUCUCUUCGAAGAACAAUGGAGAAGUAUAGUGCUUCUUGCCGGCUAAUUUUGUGUUGUAAUAGUUCUUCAAAAGUCACUGAGGCCAUCCGUUCUCGUUGUCUGAAUAUCCGAGUAAAUUCACCUUUGGAAGAGCAGAUUAUUAAGGUGUUGGAGUUUGUUGGAAAGAAAGAAGGGUUGCAACUUCCAUCUGGUUUUGCAGCUCGCAUUGCAGAAAAGUCAAAUCGGAGUUUAAGAAGAGCUAUAUUGUCAUUUGAGACUUGCCGCGUUCAACAGUACCCUUUCACAAGCAGCCAAGCAAUUCCACCAAUGGAUUGGGAGGAAUAUAUAUCCGAAAUAGCAACUGACAUAAUGAAGGAGCAGAGCCCUAAAAGGCUUUUUCAGGUUCGAGGGAAGGUAUAUGAAUUGCUUAGUAAUUGCAUCCCUCCAGAGAUAAUUUUGAAGAGGCUCCUUCAUGAAUUAUUGAAGAAAUUGGAUGCAGAACUAAAGCAUGAAAUGUGCCAUUGGGCUGCAUAUUAUGAACAUAGGAUGCGUCUUGGACAGAAAGCCAUCUUUCACAUUGAAGCAUUUGUUGCCAAGUUCAUGAGCAUUUACAAGGCUUUCUUGAUUGCAACCUUCGGCUGAAGAAUAAACGAGCAUCUCGCCAGGUGAUCUUUAAACGCCAUUUUGCAGAACCUGGCAGAAUCUGGUUAUCAAGUUUCCAGCGCUCUGUUGAGGCAGCUUGUCAUUUUGUUCUUGAAAUGUGUUAUAUGACCUGUUGGCAUUCUUGUUCUCAUGACUAAUGAGCUUCACUUGUACCUCUCUUGUCUUCUCACCUUUCCAUAUGAUCUUCAGUUACCUUUGUUUUCA